GACAUCGACGGUCAGUCAGACGACGAAUACGACGCGACGUUAAAAAUGCGUGUGGCCGAGUUUUCAAUCGAUCGAUGAAAGUUUCUGCGCUUGAGUUCCAGUGUCGGCUUUUUAUCGGUUAAGUGCGAGGGGGAAUGUGAUGCUAUAUUUUUCAAGCGUUCAACCUCCACCUCACGGAAACGUCAUGAAGCCAAAUAUUUUCGUUUGGUUGGUGUUCAAGUGGACGCUGCUGUUGAUGAAGACGCUAGGUACUUCGGUUGUUUCUUCGUACGUAGAAAACUCACUCGAUUUCCCUUCAAAGGAGAGCGGAAAUCAUUUGAAGGAUUACGUGACCGUUGUUUCUUUAACGCAGAAAGGUUAUAUCCAGUUUUUGAAAUAUGAUAUUGAAGUGCCGGAGAUGAACGAGUAUACUUUCUGCUUGUGGUUUCGAAGCAGUAACUUAAGCUACAGUCAUCCGUUACUGUCCUAUUCGAGACACGAGGAGGAACGUUUAAUACGCAUCUGGAUAUCGCCGCACGGCAAAGACAUAAAUCUGGAAAUUCUGCAGGUUCCCGUGUUCAAGAUCGCAUAUCAGUUUGCGGAAAACAAGUGGUACCACGUAUGUCAAUCGUGGUCGUCCAUCGACGGCUCGUGGAAUGCGAUAGUAAAUAAGGAAAUAUACAAUGGAUUCUCCGGCGAGUUGGUCGGAGCCCCGAUAAAAUCCGGAGGUGACGUCGUGGUAGGCCAAGAGUACACGGACUUCGACAAAGGCCUGGACGACGGUAUCGAAGGCGACGUUGCCGGUUUUAAUUUGGUUCGGAGCGCCGUUCGCCCACAUCAGGGAACGAAAGAAACGUAUUUCAGGCGGAAUCACUUCCCCAACAAGCGUGUAAUUUACCAGGAAGCGACGAAAUAUCGUCGUUUCGGGAAACUGCCGAGUCCCGUUAAAUCUCUGGGGUUUCUUCUGGUCGAGCUGAGCUAUCGUUGCGGCUAUUUGAGGGGCGCACCCUUAAGCGGCGACAAGGUCAUCGUCAGCUGGACCAAGACGCCGGUGCGAGUGUUCGGCGGUGCCAUAUUGACCAACGUAAAGCCGUUUUGCGACCGUUGACGUUAUUUCCAAAGUAGACUCGAAAACGCGUAAUUGAUGGGCUGUCAAUAGCAUUUCCAACGUUGUCACUUUUGUAAAGUUAAAGUCGUUAUCAGACAAUUCUGUGCGCCGAAAUGCUUGUCUUUGGAACGUCUUUUUUGCACAUGUACGUGUACAGGGUAGCCCGUUUAAUAGGGGCCUAUACCUUUUCUUGAAACCUGCAGGGGUUACAAAUAAAAAAGAAAUACAUUUUUGGAUAGUCAUUUCAAAGACAAAUUCAACGAUAUAUAUAGCAUCUUCAGAAUUCAGGUUAUCGCUGCUUAUUGACUUUUAAAAUUUAUUACCAUCAAUUAUUUUUAGGAAAAUAAUCCUUUUCUUUAGGCAAUGACCAAAUUUAAAAUAUUUUCUUAAAAUACGCGGUGUCGCUUCGUUUCGCAAAAUGAUACUUUUCUCAAUUUUUUUAAAUUAGAUACCCUGUAUAUUUUUGGAUUUUCGAAUAGCCACUUCAAUAGCAAUUUCAAUUAUAUAACAUAGUGCGGGUCUCUGACUUACCGUUUUGGCUUAAUUGGCAGAUAAAAUUAAAAACUGGGUAUAAGAUUUAAAUUAUUAAGAUAUGAAACUGGGAAUUAGGUCCUUAUCAACUUGUUCACAACGGUUUCAGAGCAUUGUUAAGAAGUUAUAGUAGAAACAGAAUAUUGAGCUUUGCACAAUGAUUCCAAAUGUCUCAAAUUACUUAUUUCUACGUUUAAACCUCUACGUGAAAUGAUUACAAAAAAUUGACGCUAACUACUAAUGCAUAUUACUUACAAGUAAAAUUAAUUAAAUUAGUUUUUUAAUAUGUCAAUCGCUUGGAGACGCAAAUCGUUUGCUGCACUUCCAAAACUGUUGACGGUUUAUCUUUUUAAACCAUAUCUUUCAAUGUGCCCCACAAAAAAAGUCCAUCGGUGACAAAUCUAGACUCGUUGCUGGCGGUUUUGUCCAAUCCAUUGUCUGAAAUUUUCGUUUUAAAAACGACCGCAGCAUUUCGAUGGUAAGGAGCGCCAUCUUACUGCAAAAUUAAAUUUUGGUGCUCUCUUUGGGGAAUAUUAUUACAGAGAACUACUAUUGUUUUAUUAAGAAUAAAGUUUUUUUUCCAUUUAGGACUUUAUUUAGAAGAUUCUUACAUUAUGAAUGUUAAAGAAUUUAUGUAUUAUUGGAAAAUAAUUGGCAAUUAAGGUAAGUUACAAAUCCUUACUAUGUUAUAUAAUUGGAAUUGCUAUUAAAGGGGCUAUUCGAAAAUCCAAUAAUAUAGAGGGUGUCUCAAUUAAUAAAAUUAAGAAAAACAUCAUUUUGCGAAACGUGACACCACUACUAAUUUUAAGAAAAUAUUUUAAAUUUAUCAUUUAAUCAUUGCCUAAAGAAAAGCACUACCUAACAAAGAUGGUUUAAACAUCACCCGAAUUGUGAAGAUGAUCGCUAUUAAGUUCGUUCGUUGAAUUUGUCUUUCAAAGGACUAUCCAAAAAAUGCAAUAAAAUGAAGGGUGUUCUAUUUAAAAAAAUGUAAAUGUGUUUUAUGAAAAAAAGGUCCUUUUAAUAGAAACAACUUUUGUAUUUAAUUUUUUUUGUAACCCCCGUAGGUUUCGAGUUAAGGUAUAGGCCAGUUUUAAACGGGCCACUUCGUACAUAUAAUGUUAUAAAUAUAAAUCAUAAUUUAUAAAAAUAUACAAUAUGAAUUAUUUUGCCGAAUGUUUUUUUUAGUAAGAGUUAGAAAGUCAUGGACUUUAUUUUAUGAAUGAUUUUUGGACGUAAUUUUUCUCGAGUGAUGCGCACAACAAAAUAUCUAUCAUCUAUCUGUCACACUUGGAAAACAGUGUGGAGUCUUAACGAGCGCACGGUUACCGCUAGUGUAACAAACUAAUUUAGCCUCUUUAAUAACUAUGACACAGGAAAAAAAAUCAAAUAAAAAUUGUU